AUGGCGCGAGCGUCACAGUUUUGGCGUGAGCGCAUGGUGGAGAGGGGACCACUAGCCUCAAGAGAGCAUUGGCCUACCAUGAUGAGUCUCUAUCAUGAGUUAGCCCAUGAUGAGCUGGAGGUUCUAGCUACACUAGGGUUGCAUUACGUAGGCAAGUGGUCGAGGAUACGAGCACGUACUGCCAUGAUGACAACAUUGGUGGAGAGGUGGGAUAGUCGGUAUAACACCUUUUGUUUGCCGACUGGAGAGGCCACAGUCACUUUAUUAGAUGUUUGGAGGAUCUUGAAGAUCCCCAUUCGUGGUGUGAUCCCUGAGUAUCAGUUGGACACAGUUGAUUUUUAUCUGUGGAAGGUGUGCAAGUAUGAGACGCCACCUAUGUUAGACAAGAGUAGGAUGCACUUGGGCCGGGCGAUGGGUGUUUGGAAGAUUCCUCGAUUGGUCUUGGUGAUUCGCAAGUUCCUGAGUGGGCGGAUCAUUCCAGAUUUGGGUGGCCAUGGAUUUCCUCUUGGGUGGAGCAGAUGCUUGUAUUUCAUGCUGCAUGAUGGUCAACAAUAUGCAUGGGGGUUAGCGAUGCUAGCCCAGUUGUAUCAUGACAUGCAUCUAGUGGUUUACAGGGAUUAUGCCAGUUUAUCUGCUGGGGUCACACUCUUACACAUCUGGGUGUGGGAGCAUAUUGCAGUGACUCGACCACUGGGGUUCAGGAUAGCAGGCCAUGACAGCCAUUUGUGGAUAGGUACAGGGGACUGCUGCACUACACAGACAACAUCUGUGUGGUUUUGGAGGAGGAUUCUGGAUGAGCUGGUGUAG